GAGAGAGGAAGGGCACAGAAAGAGAUGUAUUGUUGACAUGUUAUAUAAAAGUAGGCUUAAACUAGACAGUUUUAGUAGAAAAUUAUGCGGUAAACAACGCUGUACUUUAAGCGGAAAACAAAACAGAAUUAUUGGUCGAGCAAUUUUAGAUUUAUUCCAGUUGAAUAUUAACUAAGAAAUACAGAGAGAAGGACAGAGAGAGAGAGAAAGUGAGAGCGAGACAGGAGAAAACUACAGUUUUCUUCCUGGUAAGGCUCUUUUCUAUGUAAAUUCCUUUUAGUGCCAUUUCUCUAGUCAGUGGUUAUUUUCGAAGUAAUUGUAACCUGAAAGGCAUAUCCUGUGACCACUCUGGCAAUUACAGUACUACUAUUGCUUAUUUGAAUAUCCCCCAGUUUUCUACUUUUCUGUCGAACAUGAAAGACGAAGAACUCAUCGUAUGGACUACGCCGUCCAUUCCUUCUUGGAAUCAUAUGUACAUGUUAGAAGCAAUGACUUUUAAAGUGUGUGUACGUUUGGAAUCGGACGCGUCACCCGACUCUGUCCGAGUACAGGCAUGGACAAACAUCUACCAAGCUGAAAACAGUGAAGGUUGUUGGCAUGGAAUAGAUUUGCCAUUUAUUCAACGUGAUACCGAACAAACAAGCGAAAGUGGCCGUAAUGGUAAAUCGUACCAUCAACUGAUAUAUGGCAAAUCCGUUCUUUUAACUGGCUUCGGAAUUUACCAAUUCACAUUUAGAGCUCGUUACAACACAGCGACCUCAGAAUGGAAAUGGAGGAAUGCAUAUCAAUCGGAUGGAGUAAUCAAUAUUUCUCCUCCUACCAUGGACAAAUGGACUCAGGGACCCGAUUUUGACCACAUUGUGGAUAAUGUUCACCUUGGUAAUUUUAUAGCUGCGACUAAAGCUGAAGAUCUUGGCUUCGAUGCGGUCUUAAAUGUGGCAGAUAAUCUAGAUCUUAUAUUAGAACCAGAUAGUAAACUGCUGUACAAGAAGGUUCCUAUGGCAGACGGUGCCCACAACCCGAUAGAAGACUGGAAAAUUAAGGAGGCGGUGGAAUGGUUGGCCUCACAUAAGUCAUAUAAAACAUUGGUUAACUGUCGGGCUGGCAUCGGUCGUGCAGGAUCCACCGUCGUUUCUUAUGUGUUCAAAACUAACCCUGACAUGUCUUACAAUGAUGCUUAUAAAUUUGUUUUCAACAGAAGGUUUAUUUACCCACACAAAGGAUUAAAAGAUACACUAAGUCAACUUUAUCCAAAGUAAAUAUUCAGUUUUAUAAACACCCGACCAAGCUAGUAACCUUUACACAAACAACCCGUUCAGUUUGUUGUUUACCUCAUUCAGCCUGGAAUGUGUGUCUGUGUAUGUGAUAAAUAUAUCGCAAUGUGUAUAUAUGAACGUGUAUAUAAUGUAUUUAUGUUUUUUUUAAAAUGCGUCUUAAAAUAAUCCAGUUUUAAGACUAUUUUUAUCAUUAAAAAUUAUAUUUUCUAGAAUUGAUUUUAUCCAUUGUUGAUCUCUUCAUGUUCUGGAACUAUAAUAAGAAAAAUAUUGAUAAUAUUAAUUAAUAUUAAUGAUUUUUUUUAAGCAAGUGUCAAAGAAAAACAACAAACCAAAAAAAAAAAAAACAGUAAGAUUGUUUUGGUUUGGGGAAAACUCUUUUUAUAUAUAUGUAUAUAUUUUAUACUUCAAACCUACUGCCACAACAAUAAACUGCAAAACUGCCAAGUUUGUUUGUGUUUAUUCCAAGACACAUUACUACACCUAUAUUCCUUCUCUUUACAUAUCUACCCCCCUCAUUCUUCUACUUUUACACCUGCUGUCCAUUAUUAAAUCACUAGACACCUGCUGUUAAUUAUAUCUCUGAACUGUCUUUAAAGAACGAUUUUUUUUCUUUUUUUAAUUCACUGUCUCCAUCCCAAGUAUUUUUUCGGGUAGAGAUAAACAUAUAUUGACCUUUUACACUUUUAUCUUAAAUUCUAGACUUAAAUUUUAAAUGAUAACCGUUUAGAAUUGUCUUGAUUCUAUCAUAAACAUUAUUUUUUUUA